AUGGCUCCGAUCACUACCAGUCGGGAAGAAUUCAGUGAAAUCCCCACAGUGGUUGGAAUCUUCAGUGCAUUUGGCCUGGUCUUCACAGUCUCUCUCUUUGCAUGGAUCUGCUGCCAGAGAAAAUCAUCCAAGUCUAACAAGACACCUCCAUACAAGUUUGUGCAUGUGCUUAAGGGAGUUGAUAUUUACCCUGAAAAUUUAAAUAGCAAAAAGAAAUUUGGAGCAGAUGACAAAAAUGAAGUAAAGAAUAAACCAACUGUGCCAAAGAAUUCAUUGCAUCUCGAUCUUGAGAAGAGAGACCUCAAUGGCAAUUUUCCCAAAACAAACCUCAAAGCUGGCAGCCCUUCUGAUCUGGAGAAUGUGAACCCAAAGCUCUUUUUAGAAGGAGAAAAAGAAGCAGUUUCUCCUGAUAGCUUAAACUCCAGCACUUCCCUGACUUCAGAAGAGAAACAGGAGAAGCUGGGAACCCUCUUCUUUUCCUUAGAGUACAACUUCGAGAAGAAAGCAUUUGUGGUAAAUAUCAAGGAAGCCCGGGGCUUGCCGGCCAUGGAUGAACAGUCAAUGACCUCCGACCCAUACAUCAAAAUGACGAUCCUGCCAGAGAAGAAGCAUAAAGUGAAAACCAGAGUGCUGAGAAAGACCUUGGACCCAGCUUUUGAUGAGACCUUUACAUUCUACGGGAUCCUCUACACCCAGAUCCAAGAGCUGUCCUUGCAUUUCACAAUCUUAAGUUUUGACAGGUUUUCAAGAGAUGAUAUCAUUGGGGAAGUCCUUAUACCUCUCUCAGGAAUUGAAUUAUCUGAUGGAAAAAUGUUGAUGAACAGAGAGAUCAUCAAGAGAAAUGUUAGGAAAUCUUCAGGACGGGGUGAAUUACUGAUCUCUCUCUGCUAUCAAUCCACCACAAAUACUCUCACUGUGGUUGUUUUAAAAGCUCGACACCUGCCUAAAUCUGAUAUGUCUGGACUUUCAGAUCCCUACGUCAAAGUGAACCUGUACCAUGCCAAAAAACGAAUCUCCAAAAAGAAGACUCAUGUGAAGAAAUGCACCCCUAAUGCAGUGUUCAAUGAACUGUUUGUCUUUGAUAUUCCUUGUGAGGGUCUCGAAGAAAUAAGUGUUGAAUUUCUGGUUUUGGAUUCUGAAAGGGGGUCUCGAAAUGAGGUGAUUGGGCGGUUGGUCUUGGGCUCAGCAGCAGAAGGAACCGGUGGAGAGCACUGGAAGGAGAUCUGUGACUUCCCUAGGAGACAGAUUGCCAAGUGGCACAUGCUCUGUGAUGGGUAG